CUCCACCAUCAUAUCAGAACAUUCAACAUCCAUCAUGGCGAACGCAGACUCUCCUGAUCCCUCGAAGGAUCUCCUUCCAGUCGAUAAGAACGAUGAAGAGGUCGAUCCUCUUGCGCCGGCUCCCGAACCAAAGCUUCCGACGCGAAAGGAUGCGUCGCUGAAGGAGUUCCUUGCUAAGAUGGAUGACUAUGCCCCAAUAAUUCCCGAUGCUGUUACCAACUACUACCUUACAAAAGCCGGUCUUCCUCCACCGCCUCAAACCGACCCACGCCUGGCUCGCCUUCUUGCGCUCGCUACUCAAAAGUUCAUCGCAGACAUUGCUGCGGAUGCUUACCAAUAUUCUCGGAUUCGGUCUUCAAACUCUUCUAAUGCCAACAAUCCGAUGGGCAAUCUAGGAGCUGCUGCAGGCUUUCCCGUGCCCGGCCAACCUGCGGCAGCGCCUGGUAGUAAGGAACAGCAAGGCAGAGGUGGGCCUUUGGGUAUUCAACGUCCAGGUUAUGGUGGUGGUGGUCAAGGUGGUAGCCAGAACCGGACCGUCCUGACGAUGGAGGAUUUGGGAAUGGCAGUUGGGGAGUACGGAGUCAACGUCAAAAGAGGCGAAUUCUACAGAUGAGGAGUUUAGACAUGCGAUUUGGCUUUGGGAGAGAUAAAUUGGGCAACCUGAUAUGGGUGGCGUUUCUCAGACAAUAAGGCGUUAAGGAAGGCAUUGGUAUGGUGUCGCUGAAGCCUGCCAUUUGGGCGUGAUUUGUCAGUCAAUGACUGAGGACUCUUCGGACGGCGGCACAACAAAUGAAUUGGGAUAUCUCCAUGCCAUGUCGCAGAUAAUUACUUGUGACUUCUUUUGACUGCUUGUAGUUUUCCAUGACCCUUUCCCUCACAAGAUAUGGCUGGUGGACCCUCGACAGACAUGAAGCCAUAAUCGGCUCCUUCCCCUCCAGUGUGGCAUGUAGGAAUCUCAUGCCUCGUAAUAUACAAUACACUUUAAGCCAUUUAUGAU